AAGUGUUGAAUCAUUUAAAGUCAUUUCUUACGCGAAGCGCGCCACCCGCACGCGAGUUCGUCGCCUUUCGUGUUGCGAUUUCUUGAUACUUUAUUUACGUAAAUAAAAAACACCUUCCCAAUUAACAGUUUUUGAAAAUCAAUAGAACAUUGAAUGUUGGAUACAAUUUUUUACUAUGGAACUCUGGAUAUUAAUAUUAUGCGUGAUACCAACAAUCGUAACAACAAUAACAAUCUCACCAAAUGGAAAUAGUCCAGAAACGAAAAUGAUCGGUGGAAUGAUGGUCGAUACACACAAGAAAAACACGGAAACUAUUGUUAGGAAUGAAGCUCCUCAAAAAAAUAAUAUUAAACCGAACAAUUUAUUAAAAGCUAAUUCUUCAAAACUGGCGAUUAAUGAGAGAUAUAGGAGACUUAUACCUUAUAUGACGUUUUAUUAUGCUAACGAUUUAGUAACUCCUACUACAGAAACGUACAAUAAAAAUAAUGUUGAAGUUGAGCAAGCGAAAAUCUUUGAAGCUGGAACUAUCACACCGAACGAACGUCAACCAAAAAUAAUUUACACGUCACAAAGGCACAACAAUAACAUUCCAAGAUAUCAUGGGAAUCGUCUAACUCAAUUUAAUAUAGCAUCAUCGAAUCCAACUAAAUUAUUUUAUAAAGACUCUUUGGUUCCUGGUCAUUAUCAAAAUCCACCUAAGAUAAGUCACAUUCAGAAUCCUUCUUUGUUAGAACCUAACGUUUAUGAUAACAGAGACAUUACAUAUGACCGAUUUAUUCCAAAACAAAUUAAAGCACCGAGUGCUCCUUUUAAGGCUCCUACAAGAAAUCCAUACAUAAACUUAUAUCAGAAUGAUGAUUACCUUCCAAAUGUACAAUAUUUCUCAUCUGAUGAGGGGGGAUCAUAUAAGUUAAUUCCUUAUGAACAAACUCCACCUGUUAAAACUUCUAAUGUUUUUACAUCAAAACAACAAUACAGUUCUCCUACAUUAAACCAUAAAGAAUCUAUUUAUAUAAAACCAAGACCAUCACUUCACCCGCAGCCUUUUUACACUAGUCAACAAGUACAAACGAGAAAACCACCUGCAACUAUAUCAGAAAUAUAUUAUGAAAGAAGACCGCCGGUGACUAAAUUGGUUGAACCCGUUAUAGAAAGUGGGUUUAGGCCUAUAGUUAAUUCAGUGUUGACAACCGAAACCCCUGUAUAUAAAUCAACAAAACAAGAAGCGUCACCGUUUCAUAGUUUAAAAAAUGAGAAACAUCAAGAAUUUCAUGGCGUUGAAGCAAUACCAUUUGCUCCCGAAGACAGUACAACCCAACCAGAAUAUGUAAUUGAACAACCUCAAUAUAAACAGACACAAAACUCCGUAACUCUAGCGGAACUUUUAAAUUCAUUACAAAUAAAUAAAUCAAUCCCAAAACCAAUUACAAGAGAAAACGUCAGUGCUUCUAUAAGAACAUUGUUACAAGUACUGAAUACUUUAAAAGCUACUGAUAAACAAAACGAAAUGGAACCAGUAGUAGUCAGUACACCAAAACCUUUUAAAAAUUCUGAAAAUUCAGUAAAGAUAACGCCUACUACUAUUCCAUCAACGACAUCAGAGCCACAAGAUUUGUAUGAAGAACCUUAUCUUGCUCCUAUUCAUACUCCUUCACAACAUUUAGAUGAUUACCCAACCGGUGGGUCAAGUUCUCAACGGUUUCCACUACCUGUGACGUCUGACGAAGAAGGUGGCACUCCCGGUCGACCUGGUGUAGAUUACCCAAUUUUAACACUGAUUCCGCCAACUAAAUUUGAUUGCAAAACGCAGCGAUACAAAGGUUUCUUUGCCGAUACUGAAACGAGAUGUCAAGUAUGGCACUAUUGUGAUUUAAACGGCGGUCAAGCUUCAUUCUUAUGUCCAAACGGCACAAUAUUCUCACAAGCAGCUUUAACUUGUGACUGGUGGUUUAAUGUCAAAUGUGCUUCCACUACACAGCUGUAUGUUCUCAAUGAAAGUCUGUACAAGUACAUUUUGCCUCAUUCACCUAAGUUUCCCGAGGACUACAGUGGUCCGUUAGUUGACAAAUAUCUUACAUUAAAAUUCAAGGAAAUGGAAGAACAGUUUAAAAAGAAUAAAAACAAAAAAGUAGCGUCAGAAAAAGUUGAUAACGACGAUGAAUCAACUUCGAAUGAAACAACGGAAAAUAGCUCUGCUGAAGAAAGCGCCGGAAGUGACAAAACUCUGGUGAACCAAGCUGACGUCAUCGUAGAAUCGUCUGGAAAUAGUGGCAAUGUUCAAAGAUUACAAGACGACUAAAAAUUAUCAACUUAAAAAAAAUGUUUAGUACUAUUUAAUUUGUAAAGCUGCGUCUCCACAAAAAAAUUGGCAAAUUUU